UGCACACACAUUCACGCGCACACAGCACCCCACUACACCACCCACGCGCAGACACACACACGCGCACACGCAUUGUGGUGCGUGUGGUUUCGUCCGGAGAAGAAGGAGAAGAGAAGCAGAGAUCGUGAGGGGAGCACGGUGAAGUUGCAAGCGUGUGAGCGUGUGAGCCACGUAUUUGGGUUGCGUGUGUGUGCUGAAGAACAAGCAGCACACACGCACGUGCGCACACACGCACGGACCUCAGUUGACGGUGUAACAAGCAGCUGAGCGAUGACAGAGGUGGAUGAAGGCACGCAUGCUGGUGGCAGCAGCCGUGGGGACACCAACGGAGGCAUGCUGGUGGCCGCUGUGCCCAACUCUGCCUCCGUCUCCUCCCCAAGGCGUCCUGCGGAACCCAUGCAAGCGUCACCACCAUCACCCGGCGGCAUUCCUGCGUCUCAUCGUGCCCUUCCUGUGCGUCCCUUCAUGCAGCUUGCAGUCGGACACCAACCCUCACCCACGCAGGACAUAAUGCAGUCGCCCCUGCUGGAACACCAGCACCAGCACCAGCACCAGCACCAGUACAACCCUCUCGACCCACUCGCCCACUACCGCGGCCCUUACGGACAGGCCUAUACACGUGCGCUCCCGCAAGAGCAACAGGGUCACGUUCCGUUGCCUGCCGCCGUGCCACCUGUUCUGAGAACAGCAGCAUCAUCCAAGCAAGACAAGGCCCAUGUUGUCGGCCUAGCCCCCACCACACCAGGUGCAGCCCCAAAUGGGACGGUAACAGCACCAACCACCACCCCACCACCACCACCACCACCACCACCACUAUCGACAGCCGUGCUCGCGGAAGCCAAGAUGCCAUCACCCGCGUCUGCACCAACCACCAUUUCGCCAACAUCAACAUCAUCCUCCUCAUCGCCACCAGCAGCACCUACAGCACCAACAACAGUGGCACCACCACCAACAACUACUACUACUACAACGACAACAACAGUGACGACGAUGACAAAGUCCACCGCGGCGAUUACAUCAGCAUCAUCUGUCGACACGUCGACAACGCCACCACCACCGCCACCAGCCAGCUCCUCCCCACCUUCGUCCUCCCCGACUCACUCGCCUUCCUCAUCCGCUGCGUCCAUCCCCCUGUCCAACGGGUCACUGCCGGCCGAGCCGCCCAAGCUCGUGCCUUGUAACCCGCUCCCACCGCGGGCAACCCGCCGCAAGUCGUCUGCUCGUGGCAAGCGCACCGCCAGGACCAGGACCAGGACCAAGACCACGGCCAAACGCAAGGCCACUCCAUCGCCAGCCCCGUCGUCCAAUCCCGCCAGCAGCACGCGGCCGCGGUCUGCGCGCAUCACGGCCAGGCAGCUGCAGCAGGCGAGCCAGCCCGACAGCGCCGAGGCCGGCACCACGCAGGGUGAUGGUGGCAGCAGCGGUGCGAGCGGCGGUGCGAGCGAUGUGGAUGCCAUUCCACCUUUGACGCUCGACCCGACCAAGGAGAUCACACCACGGCGCCCGCGGCCAAAGAUGUCGAAAGGCGCGUCCACCGUGGGACCGACCAACCUGACACGUGCGUCACCAGCAUCAUCGGUGUCAGCGUCACCGUCAGGGAGCGCGGAUGCACCACUGUCGCCAUCGACACCAAGCAUGCGAUCGAAGCGUGGGCGGCGGCAGACCAAUGGCUCCGUGCCCGUGCCGGGAACACCCAAGAUGACACGCACAAACACUCGCCGCCGCAGCACCACCACCACCACAACAACAGCGGCGGCGGUGGUGACAAAGCCCACGCCUGUUGUCACGCGCGGGAGUGCGCGCGGAUCGUCAUCCAAACGGACACCAACCCCGACGGUGGCGGCGCUGAUGCCGAAGAGGCGACGUGCAGCAGCAAGGAAACAGCGGCGGCGGCCACGCAGAAGCAGCAGCCGUCGUGGUGGUGGUGGCGGUGGCACAGCGAAGCGCACGCGUGGGCAGGCCAAAGGUGCAUCGAAGAAACGGAAGCAGCAGCAGCGCGUGUCUGAUGAUGAGGAAGAAGAGGAGGAUGAGGAUGAUGAGGAGACAAGCGGUAGUGAUGGUGACGAUGGUAGCGGUGGCGAUGAUGAUUAUGAUGAUGAUGAUGAUGAUGAUGAUGAUGAUGAUGAUGACGAUGACGACGAGAAUGAUGACUCGAAGGAGAAGAAGAAGAAGAAAACGGGCAAUGGGUAUGGGCAGGUGAAGAUGGGUGGCGGUCACUUCCGGUCGCCGAAGGAAAUGGCAAACGCCUUUGCCCUCAUCUGUGGCUCCCAUGACACUUUCGACAACGCGUUCUUCACGUCGCUGUAUGCGCUGCAAGCACGCAUUCCGUUUGCUCCCCGCGACUUUGUGGGCGGCGACGAGCCGACCAACCCGGUCACCCCAUACUGCCCCCCGCUCACACGCGACCCGCCGCCGCUGCCGUUGUCGGCGUCGUUGCACGGAGCACCGCCCGCGACCACGACUGCAACGACUAUCAGCACGGCUGCUGCUGGUGCUGCUGCUGUUCGUGGCACCAACCCACCGUCUGCACCACCACUUCCGCACCUGCUCGACCCAUCCGCCCAGAUCAACAAGGGCACAUCUACGCUGUGCGGCAAGUGUGCUUCCACCCUCCCAAAGCCACGGCUGUGCAUACGGUGCGAGCGGCGCGAUUACAAUCCGAAAGAGGCGGCGGUGGCGGUGUGGCCGCACGACGAAUCACAGACGAAUCCGACGUUCCGCUUCAAGUUUGAACUCAUCUCUCGCAUCAACUACCUCGAACGGGUACUCGCAGCAGCCCGCCGCCCACCGCAGGCCGAUGCGAGCGUGCAGGUGGCGUGCAGCGCAGCGAAUGCUUGCAUGCAAACUGCCGAGCAGCCAGAAUACGCCGAGCAACCCGAGCAGGAAGAGAAAGAGCAAACACAUGAGCAACAGCAGCAACAAGCCAAGGAGACGGGCAGCAACAAUGGUGCUUCUGCUGUUGCGGCUGAAGGCGAUGGUCAAGCCACAACGACAAUCACAGCGACGACCACGACAGCCAACACUGAUGACACGAGUGCUGACGGCGACUGUGGUGAUGCUGCAAUCAACGUCGUUGCAACCGAUGGCGCUGCUGCGAUGGAGGGUGGCGAGAUCAACGGAGACGGAGAUAGAGACGGAGACGGAGAUGGAGAUGGAGAUAGAGACGGAGACGGAGACGGAGACGAGUUGGGGUCGCAGCAGCCUGUUCGCCGCUCCCGCCGCCGCCGUGACCCUUCCAUGGCCCUCCUACAGACGCUGUGGACGGAAGACGUGUUUGGCAAGAGCCACUGAUGCCCUCGUGCGCCACUUUCCACCACCAGCAUCACGUGCAACAGAUGCACGGAUCCUGCUGCUUUGAUUAUUGUUGCGAUUCCCUUUCCUCUGCUUUUAUCUCUAUUUCCAUCCAUCCACCACAGCCAGCACAACCUGACCAUUAUUCGAAGAACCGCAACAUAUAUGUCUGCCCUUGCUUGCUUAUUUGUUGUUGUUUAAGUUGUUGUUG